GAGAGAACUAUCCAGACCGGUUCUUUGUCUGCUUCUGAUAUAUUACUACCACCACUUUACUCUCUUACCCACCUUAAUUCCCCAAGUGUGUGUGUGUGUGUUUUUUUUAUUUUUUUUUUAAGACUGAGAACCCUAUUAUGAUAUAAUAAUAAUUUGUUUAUUAUCACCAUCUCUUGCCUCGAUUCUCUAACCAAACCCCCUUCCCAGAUUUGAAUGAGGAAGUCUCCUCAUUCCUGCCUCAACUUUUCAUAUAUAUAAUACCUCUCUCUCUAUCUCUCUCUCCUCCCACUUUAUACACAACCUCUCUCUCAACCCUUUUCUUUUUGAACCAAAGUUUUAGUUGAAACCUCUUCAACUCUCUUUCAUGAACAAGAACGUCAUCAUCAUCAAGUAGAUAUCUCAAUCAUUCAUCAAAACAUAUCAAAUCAAGUUAUAUAUUUUUUUUUGUGUGUGAUGGCUGGGAAUAAUAACAAUAAUAAUAAGCAGCAUUUGCGAGAGCUGCUGAAGGAGGAUCAAGAGCCGUUCUUUCUCAGGGACUACAUUGCCGACAGGCGUUCACAGCUGAAGAGUUUACAGCUCAAGAAGAUCAGGUCAAAGCCCACAAUGACACCAUCCAAACAGCAAAACUUUCCGGGAAAAUUCCGCAGAAACGCCUGCUUUUUCUCAUCCUCCUCAAGCCCUGACGUGAGAAAAUCUCCUCUCUUCGAAUUCCCAUCUCCAGUCUCCUCCAGAAGCUCGUUGAAGAGCCCGAAGAACAACCCCAUUUUGCUCCAUAUCCCGGCCAGAACCGCUGCUCUUCUUCUCGAAGCCGCUCUCAGGAUCCAAAAACAGUCAUCAGCUCCGAAUAAGCCGGCCAAAGCCCAGAUCAAAAACCCCGGUUUCGGGCUUUUCGGAUCGUUUUUGAAAAAACUAACUCUUCGCAACCGAAAAAGGGAAAUAAUCCUUACUUCUAAAGAGAAACCGGGACUUCUUGUCGAUGAGAUUAGUACUACAAGUACUGUUUCUUCUUCUUCGUCUUCGUCGUCAUCUUCAUCUUCGAAAUGUUUGGAUUUAGAGACUUCAUCAAGCAGUUGCAGUAGUAGUGCUGACCAGUAUUCUGAUGAUCAUCAUGACUCGGAAGCGAUGGAGUUUGUGAGGAAGCUCGUGAUGAGAGAAGGAGGUCAUUUCUGCGAUGAUGAGGAUAUUCUUGAUGAGUUUUGUGAUCAAAGCCCUUUUCGUUUUGUGCUCCAAAAAAGCCCGUCUUCCGGUAACCGGACGCCGAAGUUCUCGUCGCCGGCGACUUCCCCUUGCCGCCACAGACAAGAGGAAAAGGAGAGUUAUCUUGUGGAGAGCUCUAAGGAAUUUCAGAUAGAGGAAGAAGAAGAAGAAGAGAAAGAACAAUUUAGUCCUGUCUCUGUAUUGGACCCCCCAUUUGAGGACGACUAUGAUGGACGUGAGAAUGAAGAUGAAGAUGAAGAUUUUAAUUUGGAAAGCAGCUAUGCCAUUGUACAAAGAGCAAAGAAUCAGCUAUUGCAAAAGCUUCGGAGGUUCGAGAGAUUGGCCGAGUUGGAUCCAAUUGAACUCGAGAAAAGAAUGCUAGAAGACGAAGAUGAGGAUGGCGAUGGUGAUAGUUAUCAUUUCGGUAACCUAGAGGAAGAUAUAGAUUGCGACGAUUUCGACUCAAAUGCCUCGGAUAGAGAGGCGAUUACUCUUGAUGGCUUCAUCCGAGGAGUUCUGAACGAUUCGAGCUUUUACCGCGUCCAUCAAGCCCCGGAGCACAUGAAGAGACUAGUUUCCAACCUCAUCGUCGAGGAGAGCGGAGAACAAAGCCACAUUGAGGAAAGGGAAGAGGAGAUAGUGAGAAGAGUUUGCAAGAGGUUUGAGUCAUGGAAAGAUGUGCAAUCCAACACCAUUGACAUGAUGGUUGAGCAAGAUUUCAGGAAAGAGCUUGAAGGAUGGAAGAGCAACAAAGAGCAGAUUGGAGAAACUGCCGUGGAGAUUGAGCUUGCAAUAUUUGGCUUACUUGUGGAGGAAUUGGCAGAAGAACUUGUUUGUUGUAGUGGAAUUUAAGUGAGAAAAAG